CUUUGAGUAUUGUAAGAUCCCGAAGUUUAGACUCCCCUUUGAAUGUUAUUUUAACUGGAUUUUAUCACUAUGAUACUAUUCAAGAAUUAAAUUUACCUGAAUUUGAAGAUAAGGAUGUAGUGCUUGCUACUGGAAAUUUUCGUAUCAUUGAAGGCACCGGCCAAAAUAAUGAAAAAUAUUCUAUCUUAAAAAUUAUCUUGAAUGAUAUUGUUCGUUUUGAUACCCUUAAUUUACCUGUGUUCCCAAUAUUAAUUAACAUGAUGGUAGAGCUCAUAAUUACUGAUGAUGAUAACAUAGUUCAUAUACGAAAUGUUUCAUUUCUGGAAUACCAAAAAUUAAAUACGAUUACAAAAAGCAGCCCAGUGCAAUUUUCAUGGGAAUCAAAAGAUCAGAAUGAUACAAAUCAGCAAAAUGCCCCCACUAUUGCUCAAACUAUAGCCACAAGAGUCAAAGGAAGCACCCAACAUAAAAAAACUACACCUAACCCUAAACCGUAUCUUAAAACCAAUUCUCGCCCGAAAGUUACUGAUUUGGUGAAUUACCUUUUAAACAAUCCUUCAAAUUCAAGCACAUCUAAUCAAACUAUUACCAAAUAG